GAAAUAUGUAGACUCCCUUAUAGACAAUGUUCUCUAAGAAAACACACAGAAAGUGUAAGCUAGGAACACGUUAUAGCCUAAAAUAGAUUGUAUAGUGAAUAGCCUAUUUUCUAUUCUUCUUGUAGAGAGAAAGCUCACAACCCAGUGGCCCCUCCUCUUACCAAACACCCGCAGGCUGUCUAGGGCUCACACCUUGUCCGUGCUGACAGCUAUUCCCCUGAGUGGCUUUCUAUUCAGGUUUAGGCAGCUCAAACAACAUUGGACCUUUUCUAUGUGGCUGUACUGUGUAGCACGGGUGCCAGUGCAGUGUCUGACGGUCUGAAGUGUCUGGAAGUCACGCAUGGCUGAGCUCAUUUUCACACGCUGCUGUGGCUGUCUGAGUUUGGGGGAGGAAUCCGGGUUUUUUCGCCUUCCACUUCACGCGGUCAGUUUCUGAUUCUGUCAAUAGCCUAUAGCAAGUCUAUAGUCCGCGUGGGGAGGUGUGAAGAGCAUCGCUUAUACCUCUAACAUCUUUAGACAUCGACGAAAAACCAUAACCACCACUUUCAGCAGAGGCGCAGACGAGUUCCGACUGUGUAAAGGUAAAAAUAAACGAAUGUAAACCCGUUUUUUACUGCACUAAUCUGUGAUAUUCAAUUUAUUUCCUAAUUUCACCAUAACAUGUGUGUAGCCUACCGGUUAAUAAAUUCAGACAAUGAAUGUACUGACAAAGCAGAGGCAGGUGUUUCUGUAUUUUAGGGUGUAAUAGUAAACCUCAGAUUUGGCUUCUUCACAUUGUGCUAAUUUAGGCUACAACCAGUUACAAACCAGUUCUUACAUUUAUGUUUUCUUAAAAUAAAUUAUGUUGUUGAUUGUUAUCAAGUCAAGGGAACAUAUUUCAUUCUUUGUCAGGUUAACCAAUACAGUAGGCAUACAUAACUUGCUCUGAGGUAUGUAGCAAUUCUUCAAAAUUGUAUCUGUUCUUACUUUUAGUAGGCGUAUUACUUAUUGCUAUGAUGAAAUGCAGAAUACAAAGGAUGAGGUGCUGCUAGUAUUUAUACCAAGGCUUGGGUGAUGUGUGAUGGUUUUGAUGCAGUUUAAUGUUUGUCCACUUGCUUGCCAGGUUGGCAACAUAAUACAGUUACUGUAUCAGUAUAAACCUUUUAACCAGUAUAUUACAAUUGUUGCUAUAAACAUUGGGACAAAAUGCCUUGCAAAGACUGCAAAGUUAAAUAACUACUGGCUUCAACUAAAUGCACCUUAGGAAAGGGGAUAUCUAGUCAGUUGCACAACUGGAUGCAUUCAAGCGAAAUGUGCCUCCCGCAUUCAACCCAACCCCUCUGAAUCAGAGAGGUGUGGGGGGAUGCCUUAAUCGACAUCAUAGGUGCCCAGGGAGCAGUUGUUGUUGGGGGUUAACAGCAGUGGUGGAAAAAGUACCCAAUUGUCAUACUUGAGUAAAAGUAUAGAUACCUUAAUAGAAAGUUACUCAAGUAAAAGUGAAAGUCAGCCAGUAAAAUACUACUUGAGUAAAAGUCUAAAAGUAUUUGGUUUUAAAUAUACUUAAGUAUCAAAAGUAAAAGUAAAAGUAUAAAUCACUUAAAAUUCCUUAUAUUAAGCAAAGUAUUUUUACUUAAGUACUUUACACCACUGGUUAACAGCCUUGCUCAAGGGCAGAAUGGCAGAUUUUCACCUUGCCGGCUCGGUGAUUCGAACCCAACUUUCUUACCUCUCUACAGACUAUGCCCUGUCUAAGGCGGGGGAGGUGGGGAGUUCUACUAAGCUAUAUGGAAUUGUUUUAAGAAGGUCAUACCAUGGAUCAUUUAGCUAUUUGAUUUUGAAUGUUAAAUAUAAAAAAUAAAAAAAUAAAGAUCAUGAAAAAUAUAUAGAUAUAUUUUACAUGUAUUUAACCCCAUAUAUCUUUGGCACUAAACUGUCUCCAAAUAUACUUCAAUUAAUGUUUUAAACUGGUACUGGGGACCUUUAGAGUCUUGUGAGGCCUAUGGGCAUCCUAGAGCAAAACAACUGACAUCAUAUUAGUGUGUAGCACAAACUGUUCUGAUGCUACAGACAGAAGUUGGCAGAUCGGAUGUACCAACUUCAGACUUUGGGAUGUCUCAUGGUCUGACAAACACCUCUCUAGCUCUGUCACUUUCACCGCAGAUGUGGCAGUGCAAUAUCAGCGGAUGCGGUGGAUUGAGAAGCAUAUAAUGUAAAAAAAAACAGAUAUCUCUAGCUUAAACUGAUAUAUUUUUGUUAUGCUAAUUAGAUUUACGCGGUGGAGUGGACAUCGACACUAGGUUUUUUUUUUACCGCUAGGCUACCUGCCGCCCCAUAGGCAAUGUUGAGAUGGGAUAUCCUCAGUUUUUGCGAGCAAGAUCUUAAGCAGAGUUUGAUGUCUGUAUGGAAAUUGGAGAGUAGGUGGAAUGCCAAAGAUAUUUACACACACUCACCUCUCACUGUCUAGUCUAGUCUUACAGGCAGGCUAGCAAAUCACCCUAUGACCUAAAAACCCUAUAAUAAUCCCUACCUUUUUGGAAAGAAACAUUCCAUGUUUGAUUGACAGAAAUGGCUUUGAAAUGCUUACUGGGCCAUGGCUUCCUCACAGAAGGAAGCAAUAUUAAAGUCAUACUAAGUACUGGAUGUACUGUAUACCCCUAAAUUAAAUGUAGUAAAUGUGAAUAUUUUUGGCACUUUCAUCUUUGUUUUGGCCCUCUUGAAACAUAUGAGUUUCCUAGCUUUGCUUUCAUCUCUGAUCUGAACCAACUACUCUGCUCACCUGUUCAUCUAAAAGGCUGAACUCAGCUCUUUGAGGGGACAUUGGUCAACAUAGCUAAAGCAGAUGCUGGACCAUCAUAUGACCCUUGAACUUUAUUCACACUCAGUCUCUGUUUGGCUUAGGGCCUCAACAACAGAGCUUUUUUGUUCAGCUCUGAUGUCACGGACCAGGUCACAUUUCUCCGCAAUAGCGGGAGGUUUAUGUUUCCUCUUCUCAGACAAAAGGUGGUGAAGUAAAGCUUGUUGCAUGUCUGUCUGACUCACAUUUUCUUUGACUGCUUUACCACUCAGAGCUGUACUACUCUGAAGUGAUAUGCAGAUGCUGUCAGUGACAGACAGAGUGAAUCACUGUUGUUGAAUACAUUAAAAUACUGUGGCUUAAAGAACAAAAGUUUGAACAAGAGUUCAUGUCAUAGCAGAAGUUUCAAUUAAGGCCACAAUUUCACACAUGCAGCAUCUUUGAAACGAAAGGGUGGAAAGGGUGGGGGAAGUGUGAUAAAUUAUUACAGUAAAUAGUUCAAGUGUGUGUGUGUGUGUGUGUGUGUGUGUGUUUGUGUGUGCGAAUUUACCCGUCUCCUCAGAAGUAUCGAAAUGGAAACUGGAGUUGCUUAGACAAUGAUAUGACUCAUUUUUUACACCAAAUUCAUGCAUUAUGUGGCUAGCCACUGUACAACAUGCUUUGGCCUUGAGCAUUUAUAACUGUCUGAACCGUGUCAACACACACACAAACACACAAAGUUGAGAAGUGAAAAGGGACAUUCUUUCACUGCAUUGAGGCCCUCGGCUUGAACAAUGGAGGGGGGGGGGCAGAGACUGGGUGGAGGUCAGGUUCGCCCUUCUCAAACAGAAGAGAACUGAGAACCCUGUGUGCACUUGUUGAUUAUGUGAAGUCUGAUUAUGUGGUGGGGGAGACUGUGCAUUUCUUAUAAGUAUGGUUAAAGUAUAGUCCACUGUAUAAUCCAUAAAGACCAUGCUGUUGACAAUUGUCUGAUAUUUGACUUUGUCUUCAUAUACUUUCAAAAAUGUGCUGUAUUACAUUUACUCAUAGACAAAUAAUCAAGGCCUCUCUUAUUGUGCUCACUUUGUGCAUAAUAAUAACACUACUGCUACACUGUUUUUGUACUUCAACUUGUUGGCAAAUGAUCUGAUGCCCACUUUAGCAGUAAUGUGACAGAUAGGAAAUGUGAGCAACACUGCUUGUUGAGAUGGCUACAAGUGAAUAGGUCAUGCAAGGGCAAUAAAAAUCAUCUAAAAGUUUAGACCUGCCUGGUGGGUUGAUGCGUACAUCUUACUGGUAUGUUCAGCAGAGUCUGUUUCACUUAGACUGGCAGUGGUAUUCAAAGUCGGGGUCAAACUGCAGUGGGGUCAGCCAAAUUAUUAUUAUUUUGCAUUUAUUUUUUAGGAACCAAAAAUUAAGAGUACAGAUUAUUGUAUAGGACAAUAUAAAAUGUUUUUGAGAAAGAUAAUUUGAAAAAUAAAAUGUUAUUGAGUAAAUGUAUUUAUUUGUUUCUUUUCAUUUUGAUAAGAGAUGAAAAUGUAAGGAAUUUGUGAUUAUUUGUUGAUGUAAAAAAAGUUAUGUAACAAUUUUAAGGUUGUGUAAUUACACUGUGUGCACAAUUAUUAGGCAAGUUGUAUGUUUGAGGAUUAAUUUUAUUAUUGAACAACUACAGUGCUCUCGGUCAAUCCAAAAUGUUAAUAAACCUCAAACCUGAAUAUUUAAGAAAGUAAAAGUGAGGUUUUGGCUUUCUUUGGAGAAUAUCUAUGUGUGCACAAUUAUUGGGCAACUAUUAGUGUGCAGAAUUAUUAUGCAACUAAAUGAAAAACGAAAAGUUCCCCAUCUCACUUGUUCUGUUAAACAUCUGUUAAAGUGAGAAUAAUAAACAAACAACUCAAAAUUUACAAAUAAACAUUUCUGACAUUUAAACAAAAAAUCUGUGGCCAAUUUAGCCACACUUCUUUUCAAUAACAGUCAUAAGCCUUCCAUCCAUGGAGUCUGUCAGUUUCUUGGUCUGUUGACGAUCAACUUUUUGUGCAGCAGCAACCACAGCCUCCCAGACACUGGUCAGAGAGGUGUACUGUUUUCCUUCACCGUAAAUCAACCGUUUAAGAAGGGACCACAAGUUCUCAAUAGGGUUUAGGUCAGGUGAGGAAGGGGGCCAUGUCAUUAUUCUUUCAUCUUUAAGGCCUUUACUGGCUAGCCACGCAGUGGAGUACUUCGAUGCAUGCGAUGGAGCAUUGUCCUGCAUAAAAAUCAUGGUCUUCUUGAAAGAUGCAGACUUUUUCCUGUACCACUGCUUGAAGAAAGUGUCUUCUAAAAACUGGCAGUAGGUUUGGGAGUUGAGUUUGAGUCCAUCUUCAACCCGAAAAGGUCCAACUAGCUCAUCUUUAAUAAUACCAGCCCAUACCAGUACCCCACUUCCACCUUGCUAGCGUCAGAGUCGAAGUGGAGCUCCGUGCCCGUUACUGAUCCAGCUACGGGCCCAUCCAUCUGGUCCGUCAAGAGUCAAUCUCAUCUCAUCAGUCCAUAAAACCUUUGAAAAAUCUGUCUUCAGAUAUUUCUUGGCCCAGUCUUGACGUUUCAACUUAUGUGUCUUGUUCAGUGGUGGUCGGGUUUCAGCCUUCCUUACCUUGGGCAUGUCUCUGAGCACUGAACACCUUGUACUUCUGGGCACUCCAGGUAGGUUGCAGUUCUUAAUAUGACAACACUGGAGGAUAAUGGGUUCCUGGUAGCUUCACGUUUGAUUCUUCUCAAAUCUUUGGCAGUUAAUUUGCGUAUUUUUUUCUCAACACGGUUCUUGCGACCCUGUUGACUAUUUGCAACAAAACGUUUGAUGGUUCUGUGAUCACGCCCCAAUAUCUUAGCAAUUUCAAGAGUGCUGCAUUCCUCUGAAAGACAAUUUUUGACUUUUCAGAGUCAGUUAAAUCUCUUUUUUGGCCCAUUUUGCCUGAGGAAAAGAAGCUGCCUAAUAAUUAUGCACACCUUGAUAUAGGGUGUUGAUCUCCUUAGGCCACACCAUCCCUCAUUACACAAAUACACAUCACCUGAUAUGUUUAAAUCCAAUAAGCAUUCCAGCUUGGAGUUGUGACAUAUGCAUAAUAAUGAUGAUAUGGUCAAAAUACUGACUUGCCUAAUAAUUGUGCACACCGUGUAGAUUUUGAGUGGGGUGGGGUGGGAUGUGGUGGGGUCGCGAGAAGUUCUUCUGAAAAAAAAAUGGGGACCCCAGAAAUUCUGGGGGAAAUAUGGGGUCCCUGCUGAAAAAGUUUGAAUACCACUGAGUUAGAGCAUGUUACUGCAGUCCCCCUCAUGCCCCAGUGUAAGAAGACAAACUGCUACUGCUGCCAAAACGAGAGAAAGAAAUCCCAUGCUUAUUCCUGAAGUGUACAACAAAACCGUAGUAUAGCUUAUCAGUAGUAUGAUCUGUUUGCCAAGGGGGCCACGCUCAGAGAGGAAGAAAGAGUGGUUGGAAAUGGAGAAGAGUAGUAUUGCAGAUGUGUGUGACCAGACCCAAUUGUGUUAGAUUAUGUGUGAGAUAUGUUCUGAGCAAAGUACAAAUAUUGUGUAGGGAAGCAGGAUAGGUAAAAACUUGGUUAUAAACCCCACUCAGAGGAGAAAAGUGUGUGGAAAUUGAAACAACGGGGAAGUCACACCUUAUUAAAAAUACACUUUUGAUGCUACUCUCACACCACAAAGGGGAAACACAGACACCACAAUCUAGACAUAUAGAAAAUGUCAUUCACUGUUCUGUUUGUGACAUCUCUCAUAUUAUAUUAUCAUAUGAUGAUGUUUUUACAGUAGGCCUAUUCUGGGAUCGAUUGAUGUCUCACUUGUGUUGGUGCUCACACUCAUUACAUAAUAAUUUUUUUUUGGCAUAGAUGAGAAUAGGCCUUCACCCGUAGGAAACCUUUCUGUGUCAACAUUUAGCUCAGUGCUUGUUUUUGUCUAGCAUUUGCAGGUGACAGGUUUCUGAUAUAGGUUUUACGUAAACUGUCUACUCCACAAACCCCACUUGACUGUGGUUCAACGGCUGAGUGCAGUUUUUGUCUGACUUCAAAGCAUGUAGCCAAUAGCUUAAUCAUGGGUUGCACUUCCAUCAUUCGUUUGCGUAGGGCCAUUGUUAUAAACGUUCUAAAGCUACUGUCCACCAUAUUGGUGCCCAAAAGUUGACUGAUGCCCAGUCAUUCUGAAAGGGGACUAAUGACUGUUUUGUCUAAAUUAAGAUUGCAUUGCUAAAGUAGGCAAAUAUUUGUAGGAAACAACUUUGCCAUCAUUAUCAUGUCGUCAAAUUUACUUUAGAGAGUUGGCAAUGUUGCCAUUAGCUAGCAAAGUUUGUCAAAAAUAGCUAGCAUUGUUAACGUUAGCUAGCUAAAAUCCUGUCCUAUCCCCUCAAUCUUAGGGCCUCUUUACACUACACUACUUUGACGACACAAACUAGUCCCAGGAAAUAUACUUUUGUAUAUUUAGACAGAUCUCUAGACAGAUCUAGAUUCAAAUCUUUCUUAAAGAGAUGUCUCCCACACGUCCUCCUGAGAUAGUAUGGGAGAUAUCUACACCACAUACCCCCCUAUGAGUCCUACAGCAUAAAGAUAAUGUCCCUGCAAGAAUGACCUUAAUACCAGUAGAAAGCAUUUUUUCUCUGUUAGCCAAAUUGUAAAUUAAAGGCUUUAAAAAUAUCCACAAAAAAUGUGUGAAUAAUGUCAUUGCAUUAAUCAAGUGUGCAACACUAUGCACAAUAUGGUUUAGAUGAGAAGCUCCUGUAUAUUUUGAAUUGGUAUUCUUAUUUUGUUUGUCUAUAUACUAUGGUAUUUGCGGUAUGUUAAUAGCUGCACUCACACAGGGAGCAGUAAUGUGGCUUUGGCCACACCACAUCUGAGGCUAGUGUGAACAGAAAAGUUGUCAAUCUGAUGUUGAAGAGAGAUAGAUCUCACUAAACAUAUUAUACUAAUGUAGCGAAAUCCACCCUUAGCUAGCUUCCAUGUAGCGGUGUAGCUAACUACUGGAACUACACACUGUUUUUGCAAAAAUAAAAUAAUAUAUGGGUGAAAUAGGCAAGAAUUUCCUUUUUUUCUCAGCAUCAGACCUGCAUAAUUAUUACUUGAAACAUAGUUUUUGUGUUUAUUAGACUAAAUUAAACAUUCUGUUACAUUUGACACAUAUCUGUACAAUUACUUCCAGGGGAGAUUCUCUCAUUAUUUACCGUCUUCUCUAAACAACACAUCUCCUAGACACCAUUCCUGUUCUUAGAUACACUUAUUCUUCUUUUUUUUUAUCAUUAACUAUUUCCUUAUCAAUAAAAACAUUUGCUCAGUCCUAAAAAUACAUUCAGUGUCCUUUCUUGAGUUCUUAUCAAUGAGAACACUCUUUUCCUUCCAACAGUCACACAGACACCAUUCACUGUGUCUUGUAUUCACUGAGUCUUCAAUGACAAGUGUGUGUUCUGAGGUCUCACAGAUGCAGACUUACCAAUGAAUGCAAUGCUAAUUCACUGUAAUCACACUAAUUCCCUUUUUGAGACCUAAAAUAUCUAUAUUGCAUUAGCUAUUCUUCAGAAGAUGUGUAAAACCCCUGUGGCUGCUGCCAAUUGUGAUCUACUUUACGUGUCUUACCACAGACACGCCACAGUCUUUUUUUCAAUUCCAACUAAGCUGUAGUAGCAGACAAGUGACCCCUACAUGUGUACAAGUUAAAGUGUUCGGGAAGCUACUCUCAAAAUAUAGUUUACCAAGCUACACUCUUACAAAAAAGGGUUCCAAAGGGGUUCUUCGGCUGUCCCCAUAGGAGAACCCUUUGAAGAACCCUUUUUGGUUGCAGGUAGAACCCUUCUGGGUUCCGUGUAGAACGGUUUCUACAUGGAACCCAAAAGGGUUCUACCUGGAACCAAAAAGGGUUAUCCUAUGGGGACAGCUGAAUAACUCUUUUGAAUGAAGAAUAAGUGUAUCUAAGAACAGGAAUGGUGUCUAGGAGAUGUGUUGUUUAGAGAAGACAGGGUAAAUAAUGAGAGAAUCGCCCCUGGAAGGAAUUGUACAGAUAUGUGUUUGAAAGAGUGACUGCAAUCGCCCUGGGACAGAUCGAUCCUGCUUUUCACAGAGAGAAGAAGUGUCUGGAACACUGAUUAAAGUUGAGCAGUAUUCAUGUUUUACACCUGUGUUGUUCUUCUUGUGUUUUAUAGAGGUCAAAGGUGAAACCAUACAGUAACAAUGGGGCCCAACCAGGGGUUUGGAGGGACCCUGUGUAUGAUCUUUCUCAUUGCCCUCUUUGCAUCAGGUAAGUUAACAUUUUAUUUGCAAUGGUCUACAAAUAAAGCAAAAUACUGUAUGAGAGGGAUUGAUGCUGCAGUGCAUAGACUGUUUCUUUAAAAUUCAAAAAGUAAAACGAUUGUCCAAACAGGAUCAGGGGAAAACGACAGGGACUUCAAAAUGUGUGGAACAUGGUGCCAUGGCAACGGGCUCUUAACUCUGGCUCACGAUUUGAAAAGGGGCUGUGGCACCAUCACCAUCUCAGCCAAUGAGAGCUCCCUGUCCAUCCGAGGUGAGAUAACGGCCCAAUGUGAGAACUCUUCUGUCAUCAAGCUGGGCCCGAGCCCAGAGGCAGGAGAGACACCCUUCUGUGUGUACUGGGAGCCCCUUCUGGACCAGCUCUGGGUAGAGGUGAAUGGACAGAACCACACUCUGUGCUGGCCGUCUGGUCUACAGGAGAACUGCUGCACUGACCUGUCCCAAGGCGGAAACAAAGGGACUGCGAUAUACGGGAUACUCAACGCGACACAACGGGAUGAUAUCCUAAGUUACCAAAGACGCCCAGCCUAUGAGUUUUUUGGCGGAAUUGUCAACUGCAGUAAGCAACACUUUGGGUUAUCUUGUCAGUUAUAUUGUCUGAUGAGGAAAUCAACUUUAAUAUGUUAUUGUUAAUCUAAGUACAUUUUGGGUGUGUUAUACAGUCUUGAAAAUAUAAAUACUAGACUGCCUCUGAAUGGAUUCUUUGCCUUUCAGAAAACGUGUUUUGUGAUGAGGCGAGUCAGGGAUCUGGUGAUAAGGUGAACGUGUACGUUUUACCUCUUUAUUUUGAAUUACACCCCUCCAUGUCAUCUCUUGAACUACUUUGUCCUCUAUGGCUAUGCCUAUCCUCUUGAGUUGACUAACCAGCAUGACAAAAUGUUGUUGUAAACAUGCUCGGGCAGUAGUGAAGUAUGAUGUCAUCCAUUAUGAGUGAGCCGCAGAGCUUAGGCCACAAACAGAAAAUUUAGCUCAGUGUGAUUAACAAAACAUCCAUCUAUUGCACACCAGUUUCUAUAUCACUAUCACAUGCCCAAAGGUAAUGUCUAUACUGUAUGUAAUGCAUAGAAACUACCUGUAUGAGAUAAAGUGGGUUGUAAAUACUGUGUCUGUAUUGGUCUGUAGGAUAGAGGAGACAGUGAUGAGGUCCAAGGUGCUGGGGAACGUUGUGCUGCCCUGUGCCCUGAGCUCUGUGGUGGAGAUGAAGGAAGGCUUUCAGGGCUACAACAUCAUUCUGCCUGUAAGACCACACACGUGCACAUACACACAUAAUGUUAUAUGAUUAUUAUAACUAACUUGUGUGUUGGUGUUGUGCAGGCGCCUCGAGGAGUUCCUCCUCAAAUGAUUCCAUCAGUUCACCUGCCUUCUUGUCUGAAACCUCCAGAAAAGCAAAAGGUCAAAGUUGUGUGCACGUACUUCAAAAACAGUACCUUAUUCCAGGUAAGAGCCAAUGGGUUUUCCACUUGGCUGCUACCCUAGUCAAUGUAAACUGUACAUUACAGUUUACACUAAAGCACCAAAACAUUUGUAAUCCAAGACUGGGUUUAAUCUGUGUCCAUAGAUUAUGAAAUGUAGUUGUGAUUCUGGUUGUUGUGUGUUCACAGGGGAGUUCUAAGGCGGACCAGAAUGACAUCAGGAUUCUAGAAGAUGUGGUGGGAAUCACUGUGGAGAAUGAGAUCAUCACCAACCUUCCAGAGCCAAUCAGGAUUGGUUUCCAUCAUUCUGUCAUACCAGUAAGUGUGUGUGUUUGUGCCUGAAUGCAUGUGUGUGUCUUAGUUUUAGACUUGAAGCACGCCGUUUUCUUCCCUUGAUGUAUUUUAUUGUCUCAGACUCUCAGAGCACAAACCACUUCAAAAGCCCUUUCAGAAGCAAAAGAAAACAAUGUGAAAGAUUUGUAGAAAAAGAUAUGUCCGCUUCAUCUCAGAAUUAGUCACUCUAGCAAUUGUACUGUAGCAAGUAGCUUUUUAUUCAAUACUGUACAUCACAGGGGUGUUGGCACUGAGUACAGUAGACAUGUAUCCUUUAACAGUUGUAUAGUUAGAGUUAAGCUAACUUUCUGUUGUAUGGUUGUAGUGUUUAGUGUUUCUGGACUUUAUCUCAGCAUCGUCUUAGUGUUAUCACUUUUAGAGAUUUUGAUUGAUACAGUUGCAUCAGUUAAAUUGAAACUGUUGUAUUCAGGUCAUUGCACACUUGAUCCUUUCUGUUCUGACUCAGUGUGUGAGUCGGUCAACAGUAACACUUGUAAAAUAUGAUUGAAGCUAAUCUUGCAUGCCAGACAUAUAUACAGUAUUCGGGAUGUGUUGUUCAGUAUCCAGGUCACCAUCUAGUGGUGAAUUAAAUAAGUACCUACUUGCCUCUCACCUCCCUUCUGUAACUUUUCUUUUUCAGACAACUCACUCAAGAAAAUGUGUUUCUUGGGACACAAAGAAAGGUUUGUAAAGAAGCGUGUUUAAACUUGGUUGCAAUAAUAGCAUACUUAUUUGUAUUAUUAUUAUUUGUAUUGAAUAUAGAGGAUUAAGGAUUAUAACCCGGGUCGCUGAUUGGCUGAAAGCCGUGGUAUAUCAGAUAAUAUACCACAUGUAUGACACAAAAGUACUUGUUUACUGUUGUAAUUAUGUUGGUAACCAGUUUAUAAUAGCAAUAAGGCACAUCAGGGGUUUGUGGUAUUUGGCCAAUAUACCAUGGCUAAGGACUGUAUCCAGGCACUUCGCAUUGCGUCGUUCCUAAGAACAGCCCUUAGCUGUUAAUAUGGCCAAAUACCACACCCCCUUGGGCCUUAAUGCUUAAUUAUGCAGUGUUUCCAGGCCUUGCUAAGGUCAUCGGUAUUGGUUUAAUUGUUGCAGAUCCAGCGGAGGUCACAUGGAAAAAGGAAGGUUGUGAGACCAUACAGAAAGGUGCAGAGGACACAGAGUGCCGCUGUAAUCAUCUCACAUACUUCGCCAUCCUAGUGGUGAGCUAUAACCUCUAUCUAGAAUAUUUUCAUUGGCAAUCAUUUGAAUAAAUCAAUAACAACUCAUCUCAAGUAGAUUGGUAAUGGUAAACUUGGUUUUGUCUUCUAUUCACCUCAGCAAUUGGAACCACGACCAGUGCGCCAUCUGGAGGCUCUAACUGCCAUUACAUCAAUUGGCUGCGCUGCCUCUACUUUGAGCUGUGUUGUCCUCAUCGUCUUCCUUAACAAUCAGCGGUACUUCUCCUUACAUGCAAUAGUCUGUCUCCCUGCAGCCUGUCCUACCCGUAAUAUAUCCUACAAGGCCUCAACAUGUGACAAUACUUCCUAAUCAUGUUGUGUAAAUAUCUCAGAGUUCAUGGGAAAUUCCAAAAUGUCUUUAAAAAAUAAGAUAUGAGUGAUAUGUUUCAUAACAGUUACCCACUCUCUCUUUGUCUAUCUAUUUCUCUCCCUCCAUCCCUCCCUCCCUCUCUCUCAUUCACUCACUUUCUCUCCUCUUCUUGCACUGUGGCAGGAGAGCAAAGGACCCGUCCACUGCGGUCCAUCGGGGUCUGGCCAUGGCACUGUUCCUUCUUAGCCUCCUCUUCUUCCUGACAGGAACUUUGGCCAACGUGGGAGGGAACAAGGCAUGCUGGGUUUUUGGGGCGGCUCUCCACUAUGCUCUGCUCAGUUCCUUCUCCUGGAUGUCUAUUGAAGUGUUACACACCUUUUGGUUGGUCUACAUGGUGUUCAGCCCCUCCCCCAAGCCUUACGUCUGGCACCUGGUUGGCUUUGGUGAGUGGAAACAUACACAAAUAAUUGGUUUAUAUUCCACUACCCAUUGUGGGUAGAUGAAUACAAUUCACUUGAAUACACAUUUAAGCCAUUGACUGUUACCAUCAUUGUGAUCCUCUGUCCAGGUAUCCCAGCUGUUCCUGUCAUUGUACUGCUUGCCAUUGGAAAAGUCUAUGGUGUGAUAGAGGUUGUGUCCAGUGAUGAUGUCAACAACCCCUUCUUGAUGUAAGUGCACUUUGGAUCUACUGCCCCUGUAAGAUGAACAGUAGAUCAAGUUUUGACAUUUGACUGAGGUGAGUCCCCUGUAGCUCAGUUGGUAGAGCAUGGCGCUUGCAACGCCAGGGUUGUGGGUUUGUUUCCCACGGGGGGCCAGUAUGAAAAUGUAUGCACUCACUAACUGAAAGUUGCUCUGGAUAAGAGCGUCUGCUAAAUUACUAAAAUGUAAAUGUGAUGUUAGCCCAGUGAUUCAUGCUUUUUCACCAUGGUCUUCUAGGUGCUGGAUGGAUGUCUCUCCAGGCUCUGUUGGCCUACUAGCCCAUUACUUCAUCAACCUGACCUUCCUGGCUGUAGUGGUCCUCUCUGGUCUGAUCAUGCUAUUCCUGGUCCUGAGAAAGAUCCAGAACCGAGACGAGUGGAGGAAGAACAAGGUGGCGUUCCUCAGUAUCUGGGGUCUCAGCUGCCUGUUCGGGACCACAUGGGGCCUGGGAUUCCUAGACUUUGGACAGCUCUCUGAGUUCAUCCCCUUCCUCUUCUGCAUCCUCAACUCCCUACAGGGUAGGUCCACCUCUGUUGAGUCUAUCAAAAGGUUAAUAUGGUCACAUGACCAGAGGAGGCUGUCAGAGCCAACUGUCCAUUGUGUUGCUUUGAAACAAUGCCCUGUAAAAGUGUUCUGUUUCAACAGCGUAUCAGGAGAAAACCUCCCUGCAACCAGUUUCCGUUUGUAUUCACUAGCUAGUAGCUACAUGCUUAAAUUAGAAGCUGGUGUAUAGCUCUGUCUGCUAGAAGUUCACAAAAAAGCUGCACUUUAUUGCUGGUGUGACCUUUUUAAAAUACCUAUAUGGAUUUGUUUCCAUGUAAUUUGCUUCACUACUGUUGGAAUAAGUGACAUUCAACAAGCAUUUAGCUGUUACAGAUAUCUUAGAAUGAUGUUGAUUAUAGGCUGUUUUGAAUUCAGAAUCUGGAAUCUAAUUCUGGAGCAUAAAUUCUAGCUUCUGUAAUGUAUUAUUGGUCCAUCACAGAAUAAUCUGAAACAUUGUGUGGUCUGUCCCAUAGGUUUCUUCCUGAUGCUCCGAUUCUAUAUUCUUGAGCGGAUGCGGAAACAGUCGGGGUCUAGUUUGGAAUGGUAGCAGUAGUACAGCAUCAUCCACCAGGCAACACAUGCUGCAGGAGAAGAGCUGAGCUGGGGUACCCCUCUUUUUGUAGGGUAAAGGAGGAGCAAUGUACCAAACUCUGUCACUCAGAACAUUCCAACUCUGGGGUUGAGAUUCAGAAUAUUGCAAUGUACAAGCCAUUUCCAUACACAUAUCUGAGUGACUGUAAAGAACGACUGUCAAAAUUAAAGCUUAAAGCUAAAGUCUGCAUAAGGUGAAACAGCGCCACUGGUCGCCCCAGCCGCAUUUGUUAUUCUUUUUGUUUUUGAAACGGGGCAGAGAUGCAUCCUGCAUCUUGAUAAAAAAUAUUAUAGUACUCUGCUGAUCUAUCUCAUGUGCAAUUGAAAAAAAUGGGUGUUCGUUGUUUGAAGUAACGUCUUUGUUGUUGUAAUAUUGCAAACGGAUGUGGCAGUUUCACCACUACGGAUCUCAGCUUUAAGCCCCAGGGCGACCCUUGAUAAGCUUGUUUUAUUCUGUGUAAGCUUAUUAUUUCAUAGAUAUCAGUCAUUUCAAACUUUUGAAGUAGCACUUUAGUUUCUUAGCCUUGUCGUUUACCCAUUAAUCAUGUUAGAAUCCCAUAUGUAAGAAACUUUCAUACAUAGUUUUCCAGAGAAUGGCAGCCCAUACAUCAGUAAUAUGAACGUUAGAAGAAGUUAGAAGAAACUGAAAUGUGCUGUAUGGGAGACAUUUCAAUGAAGAUUGUGGAUAUUGGUAGGUGAUUUGUAAUUUACAAUGUCUCUAAAACUAUGUAUGACUAACUGUUUCAGUGAGUUUUCCAUCUACUUCACUCAGAAAAGGACUCAUAGAAGUAGCAUGUCUGCUGUCUUUCAGAUGAUGGCCUAUGACAUUUGGUUGAAGUUGGCAACUUGCUCUAUUCUGUGUCAGACACACUGUAUAUUCAGAUCAUAGUUACUGGACUAUGUUUUGCACUUUAUUUUUUCACUUGUACAGAGAUGUAUUUUUAGAAAACAUGACUGGUUGUGUCACUGCCAUUAUUGUGUGUAUAUAUUUUGUAACUUUUGAAAACGUAUUGUAAUAUUGUAUUUGUAUAUUUGUGUGGAUGUAAAUGUAUGUUGCUUCAAUAAAAGUUUACUGUAUAAGAAAAGAACACAAGGACCUUAGUUUGAAUGUAUAACUACAAAAAUAUGUAAUAAUUGUUAUCUCUACAAUUCAUAAGUGAAAUACCUGCAUUGUAUACAACUACAAUGAGUGUACAAAACAUGAGGAACACCUGCUCUUUCCAUGACAUAGACUGACCAGUUGAAUCCAGGUGAAAGCUAUGAUCCCUUAUUGAUGUCACCUGUUAAAUCCACUUCAAUCAGUGUAGAUGAAGGGGAGGAGACAGGUUAAAGAAGGAUUUUUAAGCCUUGAGAAAUGGAUUGUGAAUGGGCAAGGCAAAAUAUUUAAGUGCCUUUGAACGGGGUAUGGUAGUAGGUGCCAGACGCACUGGUUUGAGUGUGUCAAGUACUGCAACGCUGCUGGGUUUUUCGUGCUCAACAGUUUCCUGUGUGUAUCAAUAAUGGUCCACCACCCAAAGAACAUCCAGCCAACUUGACACAACUGUGGGAAACAUUGGAGUCAACAUGGGCCAGCAUCCCUGUGGAACAAUUUUUUUUCACCUUGUAGUCCAUGCCCUGACAAAUCGAGGCUGUUCUGAGGGCAAAAGUGGGUGCAACUCAAUAUUACGAAGAUGUUCCUAAUAUUUGGUGCACUCAGUGUAUGUUGACGCUGUAGCUCUGGUUUACAGUAAAUUGCAGAGGUUCCAAGGAAAACACUGAGUGUAUCAUGAUUGCUCAGUUGCAGAAUGAUUACAGUGACAGUGUGGAAACUUGCACAACAGGGUUUUUACGUGGCCACACACUGGGUUACUUUCAGAGUGACAGGGAGCAGGGUAAAUGCACUGUAAAAACACAUGAUGGACAAGGGUGGAGGAGAAUGAGGAAGUAAGCCAUCAAACUGAUACUUAUGUCUCUUUUAGCCUGUCAAUGAGAUGUCCAUUCUUAAGUAGAGGAUUUACUAUAUUUAGCCUACAUUAUAAUUUACUGUUACCAGACUUAGAUACAGCAAACUAAUUGUGUCCACACCAUCUCCCUGUGUUUUUAAUACACAAAGCCAGGUGUGAGUAAAACAUAGUGUUUAACAAGACACAGUCCUCUUUUCAUACCCACAAACAUUUCAACCUACCCAUUGUGGACUCAUCCAUUGUAGCCUAUUGUUAAAAAGGUAACACCCUAACCACAUCUUAAAGUAAACGGAAUCAGCACUAAAGAUAGACACAUAGGCCAUGCUGUUCUCUAUUUCUGUUUCACACCUCCAUCACCUGUCUACCUCAUCAGUCCCAACAAAUAUCACUUCCUCUGUGUCUGAGUCAUCAAAGCCAGUCAUAAACUCAUCACAUGGAGAAAAUGAUGAUCCAAGUCAGAUAGAUUCAAAUCAAAGAUGUGUAUGAUGAGCCCAGAGAUGACCACUUCCAUGAGCAUUGUGACUAUUGCGCACCAUUUCCCCUUAUAAACUCUCUCACGUUGCUAAAGACAGUCGGACACCGACUUAUAAAACAUUGUAAAAGUGAAUGUCUACGCAUUUAAUGGCUGAAACAUAUUAAUGGCUCAGCCAUAUCCACUCCCAGGUAGCUCAUUACAGUAAUGUCGAUAUUUUCUCUACCUUUGAGUAUUUUAGUUAUUAAGGCUAAUAUGGCUGUAUCACUUCCCUGUUCUCCAGACCAGAGCUGUGUUCGAAUACAUAAAUUAACAUACUGUACACUACAUACUUAAUAUAUACUACAUACUCCAUUUACGUCACAAAUAGUAUGGUUAGUGGGGUUAGUAUGAGUAUUCGAACUCAGCUCAGGAGAUUGGCUAGGGGGUGGCGCGCGUGCCACUUUAGGAGCGCGAGUUUGAGAACGAGCGAAAUAGCAAUGGCGUCUUUUUGUAGGCACUAACUCCGCCAUGGUUCGUUGGACAAAGCCUAUGUGGAAAUAUAUGGCGUUUUUGUAGGGUUUUGUGAUAAACGCCGAAAAUAAGGUAUGAGGUUUAGGAGAUGAUCAAUGUACUGCAUUGAUCCGCUCCAACCACCCCCGAAGUGCCUUUCAUUGUUGACCAAUCACAGUAGAAAACGUCGCCUGCGUGGUGAAACGUCACAGUUAACUUUCCCACUCUAGCUAGCUGGCUAAUGCAAGGUCCGGCAUCCAUUCUGCGGAAUGAAAUUCUAACACUGGUUUGCCCUUUUCUUCCAUGAACUGUUCAAUUUCUUCUCGUAAAUCAAAGAAAUGCCUCAGCACAGCACCUCGGCUUAACCAUCUUACCUCAGUGUGGUAUGGCAGGCCAUAGAUGUGGUCUUUCUCUCUGAGAAGGCUGUCAAACUGAUGGUGAUUCAGGCUUCUGGAUCGGAUGAAAUUAACAGUUUGGAUGACCUUCAUGACGUUAUCCAUCUUUAAUGACUUGCAACACAAAGCCUCCUGGUGCAAAAUACAGUGAAAAGUCAAAAAAAUCACGUCCUCCAUUUGCAGAUUGCACUUUCUCUCUGAACUUUGUCACAACGCCUGCUUUUUUCCCGAUCAUUGAGGGCGCACCAUCUGUAGCCAGGCUGACAGCGCGGGACCAGUCCACUCCGACCCUGUCCAGCGCGCCGACGAGUGCGGUAAAAAAUAUCAGCUGCUGUCGUUGUAUCUGUCAUCGGCACCAACUCCACGAACUCCUCGUGACGGUCAAUGUGUCAUCAACUCCGCGGAUGAAAAAAUGGCCAGUUGUGCAACAUCUGUAAUGUCCGUGCUUUCAUCAAUUGCAACCGAAAACGCAAUAAAUGACUUUACUUUUUGCUUCAACUGGCUGUCCAAAUCCACUGAAAGAUCGGAAAUUCUGUCUGCAACUGUGUUUCUUGUCAGGCUGAUAUUUGCAAAAGCCUGCCGCUUUUCAGGGCACACAAUCUCCGCUGCCUUCAUCAUGCAUGUUUUUACAAAUUGACCCUCACUAAAUGGUUUUGAAGCCACUGCGAUUUCAUUAGCAAUGAGGUAGCUAGCUUUCACUGCAGCGUCACUGAUGUCUCGGCUGUGAGUAAACACAGACUGCUGUUUCUUCAGACCCGCCAACAGUUCAUUCACCUUCUCUCAUCUCCACUGUCCUUGAAAGUUGUCACAUUUGUCGGCAUGAAGACUCACAUAGUGGCGACGAAGGUUAUAUUCUUUCAGCACUGCAACAUGCUCUGAACACACCAAACAUACAGCUUUCCCAUUCAAUUCCGUGAUUAAAUAGGAUGACCAUUUUUCUUGGAACACUCUGCACUCUGCGUCCACUUUUCUCUUUUUUGACAGAGACAUAUUGGGGGAAUGAGGGUGCCAAAGCACAUAAUGUUAAAAGUAGAAGCCGUAAUAAAUAUCGCGGGCAAAACAAAGUAGCUCAUUGGCUGCACGUGCUUGACCUACUUGCUCUGCCCCGGUAUAAACAGUUUGCUUGCUUAACACAAUUGCUAUUGCGCCAUUCAGUGGACGCAAUUGGAACAGCAGUUUAUUUUAUUGAAAAAUUGCAGCGCAUUUUUAUACUUGACAAUUAUUAAUGAAUUUUUUAUAUUUUUUUUUAUCAUCUCGCGGGCCGGAUUAAACCCGUUUGCGGGCCUGAUCCGGCCCGCGGGCCGUACGUUUGACACCCCUGCACUAGCCGCUUUGACAAGUGGUGUACUCCGCAGGCUACUCUGCGACAUUACGCUGUCUGGCUAAAAAGCGCUUGUUGGGCACAGCGACUGGGGAGUUAACUUUUUUGGCAAUGUGAUAUCCCAUUCAUACCCAGACGAAAAGGCACCAACUUUACCAUGCCCCCAACUUAAUAUUGCCUUUUCUUCAUAUCUGAAAGGUAUUGCCGGUAACAAAGCCUGUACUUUUAUUUCCAAGCGAGGAAGUCAUGAUUGCGGUAUUAGGCUAUGUUUAAAAGUCCCGCCAACGCCUCAGUAUCGUCGCCUUUCAUUUACCGGCUUUGUCACACAUUAAAUCAUGAACAUUCUAUUGUUGUCUGACAUCAAACUUUUCCCUGUCAAUCACAAAGCUUAACAGAAAAUGCUUUAAUGCAUUUAUUCUCUCCAUUUAAAUAUAUUCUAACUUAAACUACAAAUCUGUCUUCAGCCAAAAUAACUAGUGGGGAGUUUGAAAGGAAAGAAAGCAGGCGAUGGUGUGAUAACAUUGACUGGUGAUGAUCAAUGUACUACAGUAGCCUAUCAGGCCUAAUAAUUAUCCAAGGAAUUAUGGGUUAAUAUGAAUGAGCAUCUUCAGCUACACAUUUUCAGAUGAGCACGUGCACAAUUCAUUCAGGUCACCCAGGUCAGAUUUCUUUACACAAUUGGAAAGAGCAGAUUCUAAGUUACAGGGACCUACAAACUCAACAAAAAAAAAAUCAGGGUAUGGGCUCUGACAGCAGUUCUGUUCCUGUGACACUCAAGUUGUUUUAUUCUGUUACAUUCCAUUAUUUUCUUACUGUAAAAUAUAUGUGUGUUGACUGUGAUCAGUGCAGGGGCAUGUCUUGUCUGUUUAAUGAACAAAAUACUAACUAUUGAUUUCAUUUGCAUGGCACAGCCAUGCAGCCUAUAGGCUGCACAGACCAGUAACAUCAUUAAACUCAAAAUAUGCUAUUCUAUUUUUUUUAGUCUUAUAAUAUUUCUUAGAACCUGCCUAAAUGAAUAAAUAAUGGAUUCUUUGUGAUGGUGUACAGUAUAUUCAAUGGAUUUAUUAAAAUAGACUCCCACCCACAUCAGCACAUACUCCCACUGGUAACCAACAGGUGUCGGCAUGCGAACAGGAUGUGUAAAAGGCUUAUGCUGGCAAGAAUGUGGUAAAAAUGGAACUGUUUGAAAGGUGCUCAUAUAAACAUUGGCCUAUACCAAUCUCUCCUUUGACCUUGAAACAGUGUCCCAUCAGCUUUUCAUUUAGGGGCAAUUCCAUGGUAACGGAAUUACGCUGAGACUCCAUUUUGUCACUUACAAAUGUAUGCCAAACACAUUUUUUAUUUAAAAUGUUAACAAACCAUACAACUCUAUGCACAAUGGCUACUUUGAACAAUUUACACAGUAAAACAAACAAACAAAAAACAUUUACUGGAAAAACUGUGCAAAUGCAAAGUUUGGUAACAUAAUUAGUUUUAUUCUGUUACCAAACUUGGUAUCUGCACAGUUCUCCUGUAAAUGUGUUUUUGUAAAAUGUUCAGUGGAAAUUGUUAAAAGUAGUCCUUGUGCAUAGAGUUCUAUGGUUUGUUAAACUCUGAAAUCAAUGGUUUUUGUUGGUAUACAUUUUAAAGUGAAUGAAUCUCAGCAUAAUUCCGUUACCAUGGAAUAAUUGCCUUUAGGCUACGUUGUUCCCACAACUACUUAAUUCCUGACUGACAAAAGUGAAAGUGAAAGGGUGUAAAGGGAUUUCCCAUGCCUCCUGUAGAGGGCUGUUAGGUGACAGAGUUGGGAAAUUCCAAGUUGACUUCACACAUUCUCAGACUGAAGGAGUUGUUCAGGCACACCCGUCGCUAUGGGCGGGCCAUAGGGGGCCGGGCCCCCCCCCCCCACUUGAGGGAAUUUAUUAUUAAAUAUAGGUACUGUAGGCUAAUAAUAAUUGUGCCGUGCCCUCCCAUGCAUUGCAUAUGCCCCCCUUAAGACUGAGGUCUGGCGAGGGGUCUGUGUUCAGGUGUCAGUACCCACUAGGCACAGAGGUCAGUUUAACAUUUGGUUGAAUUCAUCGUGAAAUCAUUGGACUUGUCAUUGGACUUCGGUUAAAUGUCAUUGGACUUCGGUUAAAAGUUGGGAGAAAAAAGACAAAAUGCCCUUAUAUUGAUGACAUUUUGCAAAUCCAAUUAGUUUUCCACAUUGAUUCACUCUCUCUCUCUCUCACUCUCUCUCUCUCACUCUCUCUCUCUCACACUCUCUCUCUCUCUCUCUCACUCUCUCUCUCUCUCUCUCUCUCUCUCUCUCUCUCUCUCUCUCUCUCAAAUGGAAGUGAUGCCACCGCCUUUAUCUGUUUUUACACCAUUGACAGUAAAAAAAUGACUUCAUCCCUCAUUUUAUAGCCUACUGUAGCUAGCCAGGGGAUUUCCCUGAACAAAGCAACCAAUCGUGUAGAUGUAAACACACUGUCAUCAUAGCACGCCCAACUCGCUGCUUGCUGUUCAAUUUGUCAGUGCAGUGAAAGACAAAUAGAUUAAUUCAUGGCAGAGCAACAACCACAAUAAAACUAAGUUCUAUUAUUAUUGAGUCGACUGGUUUCUGUUCCUAUCAGAUGGCGGUGGAAACUGUUCGUGAAGAGGACGUGCUAAAUGUGAUCUUGUGCCGAACUAGCACAGGCGGGUGUCUUCGGGGUACUUACCGGAGAACAGAGCUACAAGUGUCAAUCAAGCUCCUGUCGUCUCGCACUGCAGGUCGAAGGUAAAGUUGGCAAAUCUCAAGCUCAAAUUCUAUGACAAAAUCUAUCUCUCUCUCAAUUCAAUUCAAGUCAAAGGGCUUUAUUGGCAUGGGAAACAUGUUUAGAUUGACAAAGCAAGUGGAAUAGAUAAUAAACAAAAGUGAAAUAAACAAUCAGAAAUGAACAGUAAACAUUACUCACAAAGUGUUCUAAAUAAUAGAGACAUUUUAAAUGUUUUAUUAUUAGCCAUGUACAGUGUUGCAACAAUAUGCAAAUAGUUGAAGUAGGCUAUGAAAGGGAAAAUAAAUAGACAGAUAAAUAUAGUUUGUAUUUACAAUGGUGUUUGUGCUUCACUGGUUGCUAUUUUUUGUGGCACAAAUCUUGCUGCUGUGAUGGCACACUGUGGUAUUCCACAUAAUAGAUAUGGGAGUUUAUCAAAAUGUGAUUUGUUUUCAAAUUCUUUGUGGGUCUGUGUAAUCUGUGGGAAAUAUGUGUCUCUAAUAUGGUCAUACAUUUGGCAGGAUGUUAGGAAGUGCAUCUCAGUUUCCAUCUGUAUUCUCUCCAGAGCCAGGUCUGCCUAUGGCCUAUGGCCGCCUUUCUCAAUAGUAAGAGUUAUGCUCACUGAGUCUGUACAUAGUCAAAGCUUUUGUUAAUUUUGUGUCAGUCACGGUGGUCAGGUAUUCUGCCACUGUGUACUCUCUGUUUAAGGCCAAAUAGAAUUCCAGUUUGCUUAGUUUUUUGGUUAGUUCUUUCCAAUGUGUCAAGUAAUUAUCUCUUUGUUUUUUCAUGAUUUGGUUGGGUCUAAUUGUGUUACUGUCCUGGGGCUCUGUGGUGUCUGUUUGUGUUUGUGAACUGAGCCCCAGGACCAGCUUGCUGAGGGGAAUCUUCUCUAGGUUCAUCUCUCUGUAGGUGAUGGCUUUGUUAUGGAAGGUUUGGGAAUCGCUUCCUUUUAGGUGGUUGUAGAAUUUUAAGGCUCUUUUCUGGAUUUGGAUAAUUAGCAGGUAUCGUCCUAAUUCUGCAUGCAGUCUCAAUUUGGUGUUUGUCUCCAUUUUGUGAAUUCUUUGUUGGUUAAUGGACCCCAGACCUCACAACUGUAGAGGCCAAUUGGUUCUAUAACUGAUUCAAGUAUUUUUUGCCAGAUCCUAAUUGGGAUGUCAAAUGUUAUGUUCCUUUUGAUGGCGUAGAAGGCCCUUGCUUUGUCUCUCAGAUAAUUCACAACUUUGUGGAAGUUACCUGUGGUGCUGAUGUUUAGGCCAAGGUAGGCAUAGUUUUUUGUGCGCUCUAGGGCAACGGUCUCUAGAUGGAAUUUGUAUUUGUGGUCCUGGCAACUGAACCUUUUUUGGAACACCAUUAUUUGUAUUAUAGGUGCUGCUGUAGGCCCUUCUUUGUUGGGGACAGAUCAUCAGCAAACAGUAAACAUUUUACUUCAGAUUUUAGUAGGGUGGGGCCAGUUGUCUCUCUCUCUCUCUCUCUCUCUCUCUCUCUCUCUCUCUCUCUCUCUCUCUCUCUCUCUCUCUCUCUCUCUCUCUCUCUCUCUCACACAACUUUCUAAAAGAUGACAAAUCUGUCACAUCAUGGUGAUUACUUGUUUAGUGUAAACAAAAGCCUUGUGAACCAAGACCACUUCAGCAGGUGUUUGUGUGUUUAUAUUUGUUUACUGCAUAUGUUUGUAUGUGGUGUGUUGACUGUGCGUUUUGUUCUGCCCCAGUGAGUGGACUGAGUGGAUGAGAGACGUGGAUGUGGUCAGACAAGUCCAUUCAGAGCGGGUUCUGGUUCCACUGGGUGUGUACAAGGCCUGGUGUCUGAUGGGCCUGCUGUAUGACUGGAUGCCUGAAGGCUCUCUGCACUCUCUACUAUACCAGGUCAGUGUAAUAUAUGAGCACUCAGUCUAACUCAAAUAUGAAUAUGCAUGUAUAGUGUGUGGCAGUAGGCUAAUUGAUUAAUUUAAAUAGGUUCUGCAUCUUUUCCCUUGGUUGUGGCCUACAGUAUACACAGAGUAUACCAAACAUUAGGAACACCUUCCUAAUAUUGAGUAUUGCCCAUUCACCCUCUGAAUGGCACACACACAAUCUGUCUCAAUUGUCUCAAAGCUUAAAAAUCCUUCUUUAACCUGUCUCCCCCCCUUCAUCUACACUGGUUUAAGUGAAUUUAACAAGUGACAUCAAUAAGGGAUCAUAGCUUUCACCUGGAUUCACCUGGUCAGUCUAUGUGAUAGAAAGAGCAGCUGUUCUUAAAGUUUUGUACACUCAGUGUAUGUCAACAAACUGGUGGUCAGAGCUUCGAUAGACACAUAUAAAGUUAAUCAAAUAAUGUCCUUCUUUUGAUUGCUUUAUUUACAAUUCCCGUGUUUUCAAGGAGAACAUUGCUAAGCUUGUCGCCCACAUGCUGUGUCUGGAAAGCCCCUGGCUGAUGCAAAAAGAGAUCCAUCUGUCACUGCCUUAUUUACACAAAGAGCUCUUCCUGGUUCAGGAGAAAGUGCCCUGGCUGGAACAUAACGUCAGACAGUAGACAUGUGACUUAAUUCCAAUGCACAUGACUUAGUCUAUCUGUGGUUAAACUGUAUUUACAUAUAAUAAGUUGGGUCGUGAUCAGGUUGAAUUCUUUAGGAUUUUCAGUUCACAAUUUCAACUUUGUGUUGUCAUGUGCUUUUUUCCCCACUAGUCAUUUUCAGUUCCCCUUUAUUUAUUUAUUUGGAGAGUUUAUACUGAAUCUGUUGAAUGAUUGCAACCCUUGUUAUCCCUGUCAGACCCAGCUGUAUCCAGGUCUACCGAUGAGUUUCAGGCUUGGCAUCCUAUUAGAUGUGGCAGAGGGGUUGUGCCACCUCCACUGCAUACCACUCCCCCACCAGGCCCUGAAACCCACCAAUGUUCUCCUGGACCAGCAGUACCGGGCCAAGGUAGAGAACAGUGACUGAUAACUGACCCAAUCCUGUACUACAGAGACAAAAGCCUUCUCUCUGAGUGGUGAAACUAAUGUGAGAAAGAACUCCAUUUGAUUGAUGGUAUAUGAGCCAUUGGAUAUGGUGUAUUGUGAACGGUUACAGGUGCAAGCUUUACAGUGUACGUAUGUGGGUUUGAGUCUGUGUUAGAACAGGUGUUUUUUGUCGAUUUGUAUGUGGGUGUUUAUGUUCAUGUGUGUUGUCGUUUAUGUUAAUGUGUGUGGGUGUUCAUGUUCCUACCUGCAGGUGAGUGACUGGGGCCUGCCCAGGGAGUGGAGGGUUGGCUCCUCUCUCUCUGCUGGAGGAGGGCCCUGCUUCAGGGACUUGGUAUACCUGUCUCCUGAGGCCCUGACAGGGACCACACCCUCUGUGGAGGCAGACAUGUACAGGUGAGAUCACCUUUCAUGAUCCUGCCACUUCAAACAGUCAUAUUCACCAAUGAAAUGUACCAGGUGGGGCAGGAGGGGUUUAACCACUUUUCUACAGAUGCCUUUACUAAUGAACAUGCAGUUACCCAAUGAAUAUCUUCUCUCUUUAGCUUUGGUGUGCUGCUGUGGGAGACUUUGAACAGAAGGCAACCAUGUGGAGGUGUGUUUCUAUAUCUUUCCGUCUAUUCAAAGCACAGCUCUGUUUCUAUCAGAGGAGACUAGGUUAUACCUGGCCGUAUGUCAUACAGUCUCAAUAUUUUAUUACAUUUGUAACUUGUAAGACAUCAUGUCAUUGUCUAUGCCCAAGCAGAUUUGCUCCAGCUGCUUUCAGGUGAGGAUGGGGUUGAUUCAGGCUUGGAGGAUGAGCUGCUACCCAAGCAUGUGCCCCACUGCCAUACCCUCUCCCAGCUGAUGAACAACUGCUGGAGCACUAACCCACACAGCCGUCCAACAGCAGAGGGUGAGUCUGUCUGUGAGGGUGAAUCAGAGUAUAGAUAGACAGUGGUGAAGAGAGCAGCUGUGCCUGGACUUUGUGAUCUCUCCUUACAAGUCCCCCUUCCUUGACUGGUUACCCACCUGCCUGUUGAGGACAAGUGACAGGCACAACCACUUGCAGCACCCACCUCCUCUCUGUUCCACACGCCAGGACUGGGAGAUACAAUCCCAUACCCUACUUCUGCCAUCUAAAUUGUGUGUAAUUGUUUAUUAUCUGAUGUUAGUCCAUAUCCAUGUAUUUAAUUGCCUAUGACUGCCAUGUGUAUAUAAAAACAAUCUUGAAAUGUUGGUGCAUUAUGGUCAAUGUGAUGUUUACUUGGCAGACAUCUUUUUCAUGUCCUCUUCUUGCUCUCUGUCCACAGACUGUGCAUUGGAACUGAGGAGCGCCAUAGCAACCUUUGAUCCUGAUGCCAUGACAAGGGCUAUCCUCAGGGUGAGGGAAAGCAAGGUACUGAUCAUCCUUAUUUAAUAAGUUCUAAUAUUACACUCCGAAGUCCAAUAUUCUCUGUUACCACAACCCUGAUCUGCUAUCGGUUUGUUUUGACUGAGGGAAUCAGGAUAUGUUUAAUGUGGUUUUAAUCUCUCAACAGUUACCACUGAUAACAGUCUCUCGUCAUGAGCAAACAUGUGUAUGCGUCUUCUGUCCCUUUACCAGGAGAGGGCGCUACAUGACUCUAAAAUACAUCCUGUGAAGGAUAUUCCCAUUGAGAUAAACAACCUAGAGGUGAGCUUGGUUCACAUUUUUGUGGUAUUAUGAAUGUACUUAAUGCUUGUGAAGUCUAUUACAUUUAAAACAAUAUUUACAUAUCUCAUUACUAGGCCUGCGCUGGUUCCGGAGACACUAAAUGUGUGGGCAACAAGACACUGCCUUUACCACAGACUACCAGCCCUAGUGAAACACUCCCUAGUCCCCCUACAGCCAUAUAUACAGGGGAAGCACCCCAGAGGAGGCACUGUCAGGGUAAGAACUUCAAACUGAUCGAUAAUGAGAGCAGUUUGUGAAUGUGCUCAGUUUGUCAGUGAAACCACCCUGUUGUUUAUCUUCUUUAUUAAGUCAUGAUUAAUUUAUACCUUAUCCCGAACAGUAUAACAGCAACAUGUGUCUCUCCCCAGACUGUGUGACUGGCUCUGUGGUGUCUUCCAGCAGUGGCCCGGUUCCUGAGCAUCCCAGAGGGACAGGAUGCGUCUCCCAGGGACAAAGACAGAGCCUACCACCCCCACUCUCCUCCAGCCCCUCCAAAGCCCUCAGACAGAGCCCUCUCAACCAGCCCACUGCCAGCUCCCAUGGUAGGAAAUGUGUUUAAGCUUAGACCUCCCACCUAUUACCCAGUUUUGUUUGCAAACUUAUGUACAGUGCCAGACUGUAGCUAUCUAGAAUUUACUUAUCUUUUUCUAUCAUGUUUCUAAAAUGUUGCUGAAAAAGGUGAAGAGAACGUAAAGCAAUAUGAAAGUGAGUAGACGUUAGAAACAAUGCCUCCCUCUGUGUGUUUGUAUGUGCACAGUAAGCAGUUUUGGGGAUUGCUGGUUUCCUGCAUGGCCAUCCUUUCACAGUCUUAUCUGUAUCCAAUGCAUUUCCUCUCUUGAGAAUCUUUGUUUCUCUCUAUAAGUUGUCUGUUGUCCCAGUAAAUGCUCUGAGUCAAAAACAUUUUGUCUUUUAAAAAGCAAUACAUGGCUACCACACAUUUAAAGUGUGUUGAAUAAGAGGGUAACUUGUCUAGUAGGGCUAUGAAUUCAGUGAAAUAAUCUACUGCACAAAUUACUGUCUUUCAUAUCAGAUAGCUACUACUUCUCUCUUGUCCUCUUUCUCUGAGUUGUCUUAGUAUUUUUCUGAAGGUCCUCUCUACAUGAUUUGUGUUUUAUGAGUGUGUGAGAGAUGUGAUAUUAUAGUUUUUGUACCAUCCCUGAAACUUCACCCUCCCUUCUUGUCAGCAGCUGCACGGUGUGUGACUCCGACGGCGGUGAGCUGUUGUCGUAUCCUGCGCGAGAGGCGUGAGGGCAUAAUUCGAGGCAUGACGGAGGGACGACUCAACAACCUGUUGGAUGUGCUCAUCUCACGGCGGGCCCUUCCCCUGGAGGCCUAUGAGGUCAUCUCUGCCUCUCUGACACUGACUGCUCGCACACGCUCCCUACUGGACACCUGUGCCUGUCUGGGGGAACACGCAGCUUCCCUGGUAGCUACCACCCUCGGUCUGAUGUCCAUUGCCACCAAUUGUGGCCCUCCACAGAUGUCUCACUGAAGGUGGAUGGAUGGUUAUUAGAAUGGGGGUUGUGUAGUGAUGGGCCCCUAACCAAAUGUAUCUGUUCACUGUUUAUCAUGUCAUACUGUAUCUCAGAGAGUCAACUGAGACUGGAGCCUUGGAGUGAAGAGCUGAGGAACCCUAACCAAAUCUAUUCUAUACUGACUCAGGUCUAAGACAGACCACAGUCCAUCAGAGUGAAUAUCAAUUGGAGAACCUGAGAUUCCUAAUUUCAUCAGAACAGCUGCAAUGACUCAUCUAUAUCCAUAGAGAUCCAUGUUGGUGACACACCCAUCCAUGCCUUUGAAGUCUGAGUAUUCAGUCAGAGUGGUGCUACCUCUGAAGUUGAUGUCAAUAAUAUGUUUGAUUAGAGGACGCUUCUGUGACAGUAAAAUUAUAGAAACAAUGUUGGAGAGAAACCAAUGAAAGGGAAUAGCUGUGUGGAUGAUUAGGAGUGAUUAAUCUGCUUUGAUCAUGUUUAUGACCCAUCACUAGCGAUAAUGAGUGUUAACUAUGUGUUGAGGGAGUACUGAGCUAGCACACAGAAAACUGUUUGUUCUAUAUUAGAUGCUACAUUUUCUGUGUUAUGACUUUUGUCCCUCUCUCUCCUCUGUGGGUUAUUGCAUGGUGCCACAAUGUAGCUCGUCUUUUGACAGCCUGUUUAUAACGUACAUAUUGUACAAAACUAUAUGUUCAACAUAGUUUGGAUUAUCCUGUUCAGCAGUUUCUGACUUGGUAUCUUGUAACAAGAUUAUUAUUUGUUGGUUUAUCAUCAGAUAAGUCUCAUUUUAUGCUACUUUUGCUGGUUGUUUGUGUUUGUAAAUCUGUUAAAUCCUUGAACCUGUAGGUCAAUGUCACAUUCCCCUCAGGGUACCCUUUGAUUUUGUUGCCCAUCUUGCGCAUCAUGCCUUUUAACAAUCACAUUUACAUUUUAGUCAU